AUGUCACUGAAGAUUCUGAUGAAGAGUGACUUUGGUGAAAUGGGUCUCAGAGCACCCCAACCAGCAUUUAAGCAUGACCAAAGGCAGUCCAUCAAACCUCAGGAAGAUGUCACUAAAGAUUCUGAUGAAGAGUGGACACCAAAGAACCAAGGCAAAUCUAAAAAAAGGAUGGCCAUCAGAGGGGAGCAGAGUAAACGCCAGAAGAAAUCAACAGGAACAGGUACUCCGAAUACAAGUAGCUUGCAGCAAGUCCAGAAACCACUAUCCCCUCCUGAAGAAGGAAGUAUCUCUGGACUCUCUAAACCUACACUGGAACUCAGGCUAGAGGUGCUAGAGGAGAUGGUAUAUGACUUUCGACCAAGAAAGGGCUGUGUGUAUCAGGAGGUCAGCGAUUCUGAUGAGGAGGACUACCUGUACUGUGAUAAGUGUCAGAAGUUGUUCAUCAACUACUGCCCUAUUCAUGGACCUCCGAGAUUUGUAAAGGACAGAACAGUAGCAAAGGGGCAUUCGAAACGUGCAGUUCUCACUCUGCCACCUGGGUUGAGAAUCAGACCCUCAAAGCGCCUGUCUUGUACGCAGCUGAUCCGGACAGACCGCGGUUCGACCCUCAGCCUCUUUGUCGCUAUGCCAGAGGAGAAGGUAUAUGACUUUCGACCAAGAAAGAGCUGUGUGUUUCACUCUGCCACCUGGGUUGAGAAUCGGACCCUCAAGCAUCCCAGGAGAUGGACUACGAGUAUGGAAUGA